GAAUUUAAGCACCUUGAGGGGAUUUUCAGCACCUUGGCCGUGCCCUGGUGAUGUGGGGGGGGAUGUUCUGGACCCCUCCCCAUAAGCCUCUUAGGGGCUUCUCCGUGGGAAGGGCUCGUGAGGGGCAGCGUGUGGCCCCGAGCACGUGGGAAGCAGCAGCCUCAUGUCAAGGACACUGUCCCUGGUGUCACAUCCUGCUCUCCAUGGUGCCUUUUCUUCCUUGAUUCCUUCUGCCUCCAUCUUCAAACCCCAUAAACUUGGCCCAACACCCCUCCCCUCCAUCCUGAGGGACUCACAGCCAGGGAGACCCCCUUGGAUCCCCCCAUCAUCCCAGGAUGAGCUUCCCAAGGGCCCACCGAGCACUUGAGUGUCGCCCACUAAUGAACCUAAAUUAACAGCCGGGCCCUGCUCUCUGCCAGGGAAAUACCCUGUUCUGCAUGGAAAACACUCCUGGAUCCCCCUAAUCCUAUUUGCUGGAGGCCAACUAAUUGCAAUUAGUGGCAGGGACUGAAGUUCAAUUAAAGUGUGCUGAGAUUACUCUGUUUUUAAUUGCUUUAGUGCUGGAUUAGGGAAGCUUUGAAGUGACACGGGCCGUGGGCAGGGGCUGCCGGACCCUCUCUGGCCGGGUCGUGUCCUGUGGUGGCACCGGCAGGGAUGGUGCUGGGAGGGCACCCCCUGUGCCAGGACCCUCACCUGGGCGGGAAGGGAGACUGGGAUGGGGGUGCCAUCCCUCCUGCUGGCAUCAAGGGGCACUGAAGGAGUCUCUUGGGGAACAGGGGAUCCUCCAGGAGAGGAGUCGGGAUCGCCCUGUGUGGGAUCUGCCGCCCGGCUGGGCAUGGCCUCUCCCAGCGGGACUAAUCCCGACACCCCCUCACCAUCCAGGGCAGGGGAAGGACACUGGAUUACCCCUUGGGAGAGAAGGGAGGUAAAUAAUCCUAUUACCCCUGGGCAGGAUAAAUCUCCCUCCCGAAAAGCCCCCCAGAGCAUCUCCGGGCUGUGGGACGGAAGGAGCGGCGCUGGCCUCGGGAACCGUGGGACUGUCAGGUGUGAGGAGCUGUCCCGUGGCAGGGCCGGAUCCGCAGGGAACACCGUGAGCCCGGGCUGGCUGCCAGCCCCCCCCAGCCAUGAGCCUGGAGCCCCCCAAGCUGGAAGUGAAAUCGGCCACAAGGGUGACCGGGGGUCCCGCCACCCCCCGCAAAGGACCACCCAAGUUCAAGCAGAGGCAGACAAGGCAGUUCAAAAGCAAACCCCCCAAAAAAGGGGUGCAGGGGUUCGGUGACGACAUCCCGGGCAUGGAAGGGCUGGGAACAGACAUCACCGUCAUCUGUCCCUGGGAAGCUUUCAGCCACCUGGAGCUGCACGAGCUGGCUCAGUACGGCAUCAUCUAGGACUGGGGCAGGCCUGGCUGGGUCACCCCGUAGUGCUGUGUAGGUAGAGGCUGUUCCAUCUGUACAGUGGGGCUCUGCUUGGAAAAAUUAAAUCCUGAA